AUGGCUAAUCAAAAGCUACUGAUCGUGUGGGUGUGGAUUUUACUGGUUGCAACACUUUGUCCUUGGGCCAACUGCAAACUUGGACGGGGUUUUGGUGGAAAAAGCAAGGGAGUAGGACAGGGGGCUAAAGAGCCCCCUUCCCAGAGCAAAGGCUCUUCAAGGCAGGGGCUGAAACUGGCAGGUGCUGCAGCCGCGGGGGCUAUCGGAGGAGCGGCCAUCGGCUAUGGUCUGGGUUCUCUGGGCAGACCUCGGUAUGGCCACGGCUAUGAUGGACAUGGAUACCACAAUCGCUCAGACUGGCAGUAUAAUAGAAGCGCAGCCAGCUCAGACCAUGUGGCCAGCAUCCUCAUGACGCUUGGAGCUUUGGCACAUUUUUUUAUAUGGAACUAA